AUAGCUGUGUGAAAAGUAGUCAAUCCUUUUGGUUCUUUAGUUUAAACUUUAUGCUGACGUCAUCCGUGAAGUUUUUAUCCCACUUCCUCGUUCUGGACCAGACUGCUGAUUCGGCACUUUUUUUACGUUUCAUCUGGGUUGGCCACCGGGAUGGGCGGGGCUAAUCUCAGCUGACCAAAAGAACAGGUCAAGGACCUAAAUACCCAGAGGUCUGCGAUAGAGUGACUGUGUGGCAGUUGAUGAUGUCAUCGGUGAAGGUAGAGUCUGUGGUGAAGGUGAGUGCUCUAAUUGGUGAAGGGCCUGUGUGGGAGGAGUCAGAGCAGACACUCCUUUUUGUUGACAUUGCCGGUCAGAAAAUUCAUCGCUGGAGUCCAACAACCUGUCAAAUCCAGUCAAUAGAGACAGACGACACUGUGGGCUUUGCAGUUCCUCGCAAGUCAAGUGGUUAUGUUGCAGGGGUAGGUCGCAGCAUUGUGGCUAUUGAUUGGUCCACUGAGGUUAUGACAUCACUGGUGGACAUUGACGAGGACAAACCGAACAACCGUCUGAAUGAUGGGAAGGUGGACCCUAUGGGUCGUCUGCUGGCAGGUACAAUGGGGAAGGAGGAGCAGCCAGCCCAAGUUCAGAAAAAGCAGGGAUCCCUCUACUCUGUGAAUUCUGAAUACCUUGUGACUAAACACCUGAGCGAGGUGGACAUAUCUAAUGGAUUGGAAUGGUCUCUAGACCAGAAAACCUUUUUCUACAUUGACAGUUUGGCUCUGAGUGUUGACGCAUUUGACUACAACUCCUCUACAGGACACUUGAGUAACCGUCGUGUAGUGUACCAUAUGGAGGAGGGGGAGGGGCUUCCUGAUGGCAUGACGAUUGAUGCUGAAGGUAAUCUUUGGGUGGCUUGUUACAAUGGAGGGAGAGUCAUCAGGAUCGACCCCACUACUGGUAAGAGGCUGCAGACGGUCUCUUUGCCAGUGAUGAAGACUACCUCUUGUUGCUUUGGAGGACCAGACUACUCUGACCUGUAUGUGACAUCGGCUAGCUUGGGCCUCAGUAAAUCCGAGAGGAACCAGCAACCUCUGUCUGGGAACACCUUUAGGGUGAAAGGACUGGGGGUCAAAGGCCUGCCAUCACACUCAUUCUCUGGAUGAUCUCCAGGAGCUGGAGUCUCACUUUGCCUCAGAUGUCAAACUUUUAAAACGCUGAUAAUUUUUUUUAUUGAUUAAUGUUUUAGUUAACUAUUUGUCUAAUUUAUGUUUAUCACUUGUGAUGAAUAUUUAGCUGAUAUCAUCAUCAGCCAAUCAGUAUCUGGCGUGACAGCCAUCAGCCGAUGAGGUUGUAAAAAUACCAGAAAUUCAGAAAAUGUGAGUAAAAGGCAACUGUGAAUAAUUUAGUGAAUGAUCUAAUGAGACAUUAGAAGAUGAAUGUUACUUUAUUUACACAACAAACACAGGACACCAUUGAUCAAUGCAUACUCAUGCACACACUCACUUCUCUCACACAUGAAUGCGCGCGCACAUACACACACACACACACAGCAUCACUACACGAGCUUCUAUAAAAUGUCUUUACACAUAGAAAAUGUUGUGCUCUUGAAUUUUUUGUGACAUAAUUAAAAGGGAGGUGUGGGGUUUAGGUGGUGUUCUGAGAACUCUUUAGGAUUUUGUGUGGCUGAUUGCGAGACCACAAAACACUGCAGCAACAUUACAGGUAUGUUCAGGUAGACCUAUAGUGUUACAAAUGUAUACACUCUAGAUUCAAGCCACAGACCCAACGUUUUCAGUUGUAUCAGUUAAACAAAUAAAUCUCUUAAAAAUGA